AGGAGGCCCUCCUCUCUCUGCUUACAAAACACUACACAGCAAAAUAAUGAUCUGCUAGACUGCUAACCCGAGCAUCCAGCUUCCACAAUGCCUGUGCAGGCAGCUCAAUGGACAGAAUUUCUGUCCUGUCCAAUCUGCUAUAAUGAAUUUGAUGAGAAUGUGCACAAACCCAUCAGUUUAGGUUGUUCACACACCGUUUGCAAGACCUGCUUGAAUAAACUUCACCGAAAAGCUUGUCCUUUUGAUCAGACUGCCAUCAACACAGACAUUGAUGUGCUUCCUGUCAACUUUGCACUUCUCCAGUUAGUUGGAGCCCAGGUACCAGAUCAUCAGUCAAUAAAGUUGAGUAAUCUAGGUGAAAAUAAACAUUAUGAAGUUGCAAAGAAAUGCGUUGAGGAUUUGGCACUCUACUUAAAACCACUAAGUGGAGGUAAAGGUGUAGCUAGUUUGAACCAGAGUGCACUGAGCCGUCCAAUGCAAAGGAAACUGGUGACACUUGUAAACUGUCAACUGGUGGAAGAAGAAGGUCGUGUAAGAGCCAUGAGAGCUGCCCGUUCACUUGGAGAACGAACUGUAACAGAACUGAUACUACAGCAUCAGAACCCUCAGCAAUUAUCUGCCAAUCUGUGGGCUGCCGUCAGGGCUCGAGGAUGUCAGUUUCUAGGGCCAGCUAUGCAAGAAGAGGCCUUAAAGUUGGUAUUGCUGGCAUUAGAAGAUGGUUCUGCUCUCUCAAGGAAAGUUCUGGUACUUUUUGUUGUGCAAAGGCUAGAACCAAGAUUUCCUCAGGCAUCAAAAACAAGUAUUGGUCAUGUUGUGCAACUACUAUAUCGAGCUUCUUGUUUUAAGGUUACCAAAAGGGAUGAAGACUCCUCUCUGAUGCAGCUGAAGGAGGAAUUUCGGAGUUACGAGGCAUUACGCAGAGAACAUGAUGCCCAGAUAGUUCAUAUUGCUAUGGAAGCAGGGCUCCGUAUUUCACCUGAGCAAUGGUCCUCACUUUUAUAUGGUGACUUGGCUCACAAAUCACACAUGCAGUCUAUCAUUGAUAAGCUGCAGUCUCCAGAAUCAUUUGCAAAGAGUGUCCAGGAACUGACAAUUGUCUUGCAACGAACAGGUGACCCAGCUAACUUAAAUAGACUGAGGCCUCAUUUAGAGCUUCUUGCAAACAUAGACCCUAAUCCAGAUGCUGUUUCACCAACUUGGGAGCAGCUAGAAAAUGCAAUGGUAGCCGUUAAAACAGUGGUUCAUGGCCUCGUGGACUUCAUACAAAAUUACAGUAGAAAAGGCCAUGAGACACCUCAGCCUCAGCCAAACAGCAAAUACAAAACUAGUAUGUGCCGAGAUCUCCGACAGCAAGGAGGGUGUCCACGGGGAACGAAUUGUACAUUUGCCCAUUCUCAAGAAGAGCUUGAAAAGUAUCGAUUAAGGAACAAAAAGAUCAAUGCAACUGUAAGAACGUUUCCUCUUCUAAAUAAAGUUGGUGUAAACAACACUGUCACAACCACAGCCGGAAAUGUCAUUUCUGUCAUAGGAAGUACUGAAGCAACGGGGAAAAUUGUUCCAAGUACAAAUGGAAUUUCAAAUACAGAAAACAGUGUUUCCCAGCUAAUCUCACGUAGUACUGAUAGUACAUUAAGAGCUUUGGAGACCGUGAAGAAAGUGGGGAAGGUUGGCACUAACGGUCAGAAUGCUGCUGGGCCCUCUGCAGAGUCUGUAACUGAAAAUAAAAUUGGUUCUCCACCUAAGACUCCUGUAAGUAAUGUAGCAGCUACCUCAGCUGGGCCCUCUAAUGUUGGAACAGAGCUGAAUUCUGUACCUCCAAAGUCCAGCCCAUUUCUAACUAGAGUACCAGUAUAUCCUCAGCAUUCUGAAAACAUUCAGUAUUUUCAAGAUCCAAGGACUCAGAUACCCUUUGAAGUCCCCCAGUAUCCACAGACAGGAUAUUACCCACCACCUCCAACGGUACCAGCUGGUGUGGCUCCUUGUGUUCCUCGCUUUGUGAGGUCCAGUAAUGUUCCAGAGUCCUCUCUCCCACCUGCAUCCAUGCCAUAUGCUGAUCAUUACAGUGCAUUUUCCCCUCGAGAUCGUAUGAAUUCUGCUCCUUACCAACCUCCUCCGCAGCCGUAUGGACCAGUUCCUCCAGUACCUUCUGGAAUGUAUGCUCCUGUGUAUGACAGCAGGCGCAUCUGGCGCCCUUCUAUGUAUCAACGAGAUGAUAUUAUUAGAAGCAAUUCUUUACCUCCAAUGGAUGUGAUGCACUCGUCUGUCUAUCAGACAUCUUUGCGGGAAAGAUAUAAUUCAUUAGAUGGAUAUUAUUCAGUGGCUUGUCAGCCACCAAGUGAGCCAAGGACAACUGUGCCUUUACCAAGGGAACCUUGUGGUCAUUUGAAGACCAGUUGCGAGGAGCAGAUAAGAAGAAAGCCAGAUCAGUGGGCACAGUACCACACUCAGAAAGCACCUCUUGUCUCUUCAGCUCUUCCUGUGGCAACACAGUCACCAACACCACCUUCUCCUCUAUUCAGUGUAGACUUUCGCACGGAUUUCUCUGAGAGUGUGAGUGGUACAAAAUUUGAAGAUGAUCAUCUUUCCCAUUAUUCUCCCUGGUCUUGUGGCACCAUAGGCUCCUGUAUAAAUGCCAUCGAUUCAGAGCCCAAAGAUGUAAUUGCUAAUUCAAAUGCUGUGUUAAUGGACCUGGAUAGUGGAGAUGUUAAGAGAAGAGUUCAUUUAUUUGAAACUCAGAGAAGGACAAAAGAAGAAGACCCAAUAAUUCCCUUUAGUGAUGGACCCAUCAUCUCAAAAUGGGGUGCAAUUUCAAGAUCUUCCCGUACAGGUUACCAUACCACGGAUCCUGUCCAAGCCACUGCUUCCCAAGGAAGUGCAACUAAGCCCAUCAGUGUAUCAGAUUAUGUCCCUUAUGUCAAUGCUGUUGAUUCAAGGUGGAGUUCAUAUGGCAGUGAAGCCACAUCAUCAGCACAUUAUAUUGAACGGGACAGGUUCAUUGUUACUGAUUUAUCUGGUCAUAGAAAGCAUUCCAGUACUGGAGACCUUUUGAGCAUUGAACUUCAGCAGGCCAAGAGUAACUCAUUACUUCUUCAGAGGGAGGCUAAUGCUCUGGCCAUGCAACAGAAGUGGAAUUCUCUGGAUGAAGGCCGUCAUCUUACCUUAAAUCUUCUAAGCAAGGAAAUUGAACUGAGAAAUGGAGAGAGUGAUUAUACAGAAGAUGCAACUGAUACUAAGCCCGAUAGGGAUAUUGAGUUAGAGCUCUCAGCACUUGAUACUGAUGAACCUGAUGGACAAAGUGAACAAAUUGAAGAGAUUCUGGACAUACAGCUUGGUAUCAGUUCUCAAAAUGAUCAGUUGCUGAAUGGAACAGCAGUGGAAAAUGGGCAUUCAGUCCAGCAACACCAAAAGGAGCCACUUAAGCAGAAGAGACAGAGUUUAGGUGAAGACCAUGUGAUUCUGGAAGAACAAAAAGCAAUUCUGCCGGUAACUUCUUGCUUUAGCCAGCCACUCCCAGUGUCUAUUAGCAAUGCAAGUUGCCUCCCCAUCACCACAUCUGUCAGUGUUGGCAACCUCAUUCUGAAAACUCAUGUUAUGUCUGAAGAUAAAAAUGACUUUUUAAAACCUGUUGCAAAUGGGAAGAUGGUUAACAGCUGAAAGGAGAUUCAUCUUUCAAAUUUGUGACCACACCAUGGAAGCAUUUACACUAGCUUUUUAUAUAUAUAAUAUAUAUUAUAUAAUGUAUAUUUUUUUUAAAAAAAAGAUAUUACUGGGGGCAUCCAUUUCCUGUGGACUCUUUGAUACUUCAAGCCCUCUUGCAUUAGCAUUAUAAAAAAAA